AACUUGAAGGCGCCUAUCUGUUCCCAACUGAUCACCUGAACUAUCUGCCUCAUCGCGGACUCUGAAAUAUCUACUAUCAAAGGAUAGACUGUCGGACUAUGAGUUCGACUUCAUCUGCAGGUGCGCAGGACGCCUCGAACUCAAGGGGAAUAUCUGAGCCGCUCUUGGCAACCACGGAGACUCGCGCACAAGCUUGCGAAAGAUGUUGGAAGAGGAAGCAAAAAGUUAUAAUAUCGAUGUCUGGACUCCAUCUUCAUCAGUGUUGGCUGACAAUCAUCAGUGCGACCGACGUCUGCCAGCGUGCACCUCAUGUAGUGGGCUAGGUGCCGAGUGUAUCCCACGGAACCAAGAUUUUAACACAGUAUCUGAGCUCUCUCACACUUCUGUCACUGGUUAUGUCGCGUCAUUGAAAAGGCGGAUUGCCGAUCUGGAAUUAGAAUCGCUCCAUCGAAAACGCUCGCGUACGCACAGCGGUCGAGCUGGUUCAUGUCAUGGCCAUUCUCCUAUGGAUGAAAGUCUUGCGACACCCCGUGAUGCUAUGUCGACAACCUCAAGCCGUACAACCGACCCUGUCAACACGAAUAGACAUGCCACCGAAGAUUCAUCUGUGAGAGCCACGAUGGGGGCAAUCGGCUUCUUAUCACGAAAUGCAAUGGCCGAGCCCCGAGAUAAUUCCGAUGAUCUACCUAGGAAGUUUUCCCUAGCAGAGGUGAUCUCGGGGGCCCUGGCUAUUGAUGGACGCGACCCAUCCACAGCGAUGCCGGCACCCCAGACUCCUGAUAUGAGUAGUAGCCUCAAUUUGGGAAGUCGGGAUCUAACGCUUGAGCAUAUCCGAAAAUUCCUGGAAUGGCCAAUUAUUAUGCCAUACAUCGAUGAGGACAUAUUUCUCCAGCAAUGUGAGGGUGUUUUGGCAUACAGAACUCAAAGCCAUGCGGCACAGAAGCCUCCGCCGUUACAUGUUUUCAACCUUCACAUGGCUUGUGCUAUUGGGAUUUCAGUUUCUCCGACUUCUACUCAUUUAUCAUUUCUUAGCUCAAACCUUCAUUCUGCCGCUCUCAGCGAACUUCCUUCCAUUCUGCGCACCGAAUCAGCCCUUGAGCAUAUACACUGCAUGAUCAUGCUUACUAUCUACUCUCUAUUCAACUCCUCUGGUGGUUCCGCCUGGCAUCUACUGGGUCUGGGAAUCAAGACAUGUAUCUCAAUCGGCCUGCACCGAGACCCAGAUCUGCACUCUAGCUUGAGGAUAUCUGAAGCCAACAGACGGCGAUGGAUGUUUUGGGCUGUUUACUCUUUUGACCGCAUGCUCAGCCUUAUCAUGGACCGCCCUUUGAGCAUCCAGGAUGAUGAUAUUUCGGUACAACUCCCAGCGAAAGAUGAUGGUCUAUCCAGUUCGAUGGAGACGCCGCAUCACAGAUUGCAAACCCUUCGCUAUCUUGUACUCUACUCACGAUUGGUUUCAAGCAUCCGGUCGGGAAAACAAGAGAAUAUUCUACUUGCCUACAGUAAUAUCAUUCAUUGGAGAGAUCUACCACCCAACGUUGAUCGUCAAUCGCCUUCUACGCGGCACCUUCUGUAUCUUUUCGAACAACUAUCUUGUCGGGCAUUGAUUCAUCUUAAAUCUUCACCGCCUCAAGCAAUCGUAAGGGAUGAUGAUUUAUGGCUAGGAAACGACCAAGAUCUUGAGACAGAUACUAUCAACGCAUCAUAUCAGUUUAUCAACCGAUCUUACGAUCUGUUUGUCAAGGGGAGUUUUGUUUGCAGCUUCAUUGAUGCAUACGACAUUUUUCAAGCUGCGGUCGCUUUUGUAUGCCUCACCCGUCGAAGAAGCCAAGAUAAUUUUGCCAUGCGUCGACUCGCUGAAGUGACAGAAGUCAUUGGCAAGGCCUCGACGCUUGUGACAAUCGUGGCAUCACGGUUUCCUGCACUUGCAGCGUUCCAACAGGUCUUGCUUAGUCUUUCCACCAGGAAUAUGGAAAGUGACGGAACAACACCUAAUACCGUCUCGUGGAGCCACUUCCCAAACAUUAUUCCACUUCGAUCUCAGCAACUCAUCCGAUGUACCUUCACGUAGACGGUUACAGCUCGCUAUAUGAGCUCUGUGUUAAGGCUCAUGGAGUCGAGUAGAGAGAGGCGAGGGCGGCAAUCUGGGUUACACUUCUCGCAAGUACCCUUAAACUUCAUCUUCCGUGUCAGCUAUGCCUGC